AUGAUUAUAUAUUGGACAAUCUUUUUGUUUUACGGCAAUUUGGGUUGUGCACUUAACAAGGAUGUAAUCCAACCAGACCCUGUGAUAGUUACACAACUGGGACAAAGUGUAUCUCUCACUUGCUUUUGUCGAUCUCAUUUGAUGGUCAGAGUAUCUUGGUUCAAGCAAACUGUUGGACAGAAGCCUCUUCUCAUGGCAUCAUCAUAUUAUCGCACUAAAAAUAGUUUUUAUUUUACCAAGGACUUUAAUGAGACUAAACGUUUAAGUGUGAAGAGAGGAGUUGACAGCUUUAACCUGACCAUCUCCAAGACAGAGUCAGGGGACUCAGCUACAUACUACUGUUGUGCUAUGGAAGAGGGCGAACUCAAAUUUGGAGAGGGAACUUUUUUAAUUGUCAAAGAUUCAGAGUCCAACAGCAUGUAUGUGCUCCAGCAGCCUGUGUCUGAGUCAGUCCAGCCAGGAGACUCUGUGUCUCUGAACUGUACAUUACACACUGAGACCUGUGCAGGAGAACACAGUGUCUAUUGGUUCAGACGUGGCUCAGGAGAAUCCCGUCCAGGAAUCAUUUACACCCAUGGAGACAGGAGUGAUCAGUGUGAGAAGAGCCCUGAGGCUGCGUCUCCUACACAGAGCUGUGUCUACAACCUCCCCAAGAGGAACCUCAGCCUCUCUGAUGCUGGGACUUACUACUGUGCUGUGGCCUUAUGUGGGGAGAUGUUGUUUGGGAAAGGGACCAAGCUGGAUGUUGAAGCGGGGACCCCUUUUCAACAAAGCCACUAUGGGAAUCCUCAUUCCAACACCUCAGACCAACAGCUCCACAGUGACGAUGAUGGCCUGAACUACGCUGCCCUGAAGUUCACUGACAAGAAGAGUACCAAGCCCAGGAGACAGAGGAGAGAACAGAGAGAGGAAGAAACCAUCUACUCAGGUGUGAGUCAUCAAGUCAGGAUGUGA